ACUCAAAGUAAGAAGAAGCGGAGUGUGACACCCGACAGGAAGUCUUUCACGUCUCCGUGAUUUUUUUGUCAGGAUUUUUACUACAUUUUAACCAAAUAUCGCACCGUUUUGUGACGUCUACGCUGUGGUAAAUGACGGGGAUGGAGGAGUAUCACAACAGCAGCGAGGGCUCAUUCAGCUCUGAAGAGGCUGAUGUCAUUGUCAAAGAGUGCGUCGAUAACGUGGUUGGUGGAGAGGACUACAGCCAGAGUCAGGUGAACAAAUGGACCUCCAGCAUCGUGGAGCGCUGCCUCACACAGCUCGUCAAACACUGGAAACAGAACAAGUACAUCGUGACGUGUGCUGUGAUGCAGAAAACAGGAGGAGGACUCCACACGGCAAACUCCUGCUACUGGGACACGACCAUGGACGGAAGCUGCACUGUGAGGUGGGAAAACCGCACCAUGUACUGUGUGGUCAGUGUGUUUGCUGUGGCAGUCGCUUAAGGACAUGCUCACGCGCUCUUAGAGGAUGGGGUUUGGAGAAACGGUUUAACUGAAGUACAAAGAAGCAUCAGGACACACGAUGCUGCUAUCGAUAUUUAUGAUACGUCUCUUCUACAAUUUGUAUUGUAUGUUAAAAGUUGUGCUGGGUUCAGAAAAAUCGAUUUUCCGAUUCAUAUUCACUUUUAUUUUGAAGAUCUGAUGUGGAUUUAUAACAUCCUGAGACCGAUUGUUUAAUUUAGGCCAUUUCCUGUUUAGAACCAGAUGCAGGCCAAGCUGUGCUCACCGCUCCCUCUGCUAGACAACUUGUUCAAUACUUUAAAGUGUCUGUUGGCGUUUCUUGGCUGGAUAUUUUGAACUCAAACUGUGUAGUGUCGAGUUACACUGUGUGGUCAUGUUAAACAAAAAGUGCAUUCAUUUAACAACUUAAGUCAAUUUCUUUAUGUAAAAAAUAUGUUUAAUGAUGCACCAGGUUAGAGGGACACAGGGUUGUUUCUGCUCACAAGUGCUCACACAUGUUUAACUUAAGUUAUUUUCACUUUUAAGAAGCUAAAUAAUCCCAGAGAAAUAAAACCACCACCACCAGAAGAGGGAUGCAGUGUGUUCAUAUGAACAGCAGGGGGCCACCACGUCCCACAUCCACACAGCUGAGGAACAACAGAGAGUUCUUUAGCCCUGAAAGAAACUGACGCCUGGUCAGAUAAAACAGUUUUUAUUCUCUGUUUAGAAACAGUGGUAACAUUACUUUGAAGAACAAAGUCACCUUUGUUUAAUGGAGGUUCCUCAGUUUUCACCACGUCCUUGUAACAACACUUUAUCUAAUGUGUUUACGUUUGUCUUUCUUUCUGUGACCAAAUUAGUUUAUUUUGUGGUUAAAAUAAAAAAAAGUUAAAAUAAAAAA